AACAUAGAACUCCGUGCCUGCAGCAAAGAUGACAUCCCCGCGCUGAAGCGCAUCACAAGCCUCCUCCUCCCCAUCCCGUACCCGGAGAAAUUCUUCCGCGAGAUCCUCGACGAUCCGGUCACGAAUGACCUGACGCUGGUAGCCAUAUGGCACGAAAAGCGCAGCAGUGAUCCCCAUGAAACCUCCACUUCAAACAACCCUGGUGGUGAUGGUGGAGGAGGAGGAAAGGCGACGUUAAUCGGCGCCAUUCGCUGCAGACUGCUCUCAUCCCUACCAGGCACGGCCGGCAGCAAUAUCCUCGGCGACGAGGCGCCGAUGUUGUAUCUCAGCACCUUAGUUCUGCUGUCGCCAUACCGCUCGCUUGGAGUCGCGUCGCAUAUGCUGCGGAUUCUGGUCAGACGGGCAAUCGAGGACUAUGGUGUUUCGAGGGUGGGCGCGCAUGUGUGGAGUGCAAACACGGAAGGUUUGGAAUGGUAUCAGAGACGUGGAUUUGAGGAGAUCUCCCGUGAGGAGGAUUAUUAUCGUCGACUCAGUCCCAGUUCUGCAGUGGUUAUGCAGCGG